CUCCACUACAUGCGAGUUGCGCCGAGGAUCAGAGUGUACGAUGAGCGGCUCGGCCUUCGAAGAACAGAGCGAACAGCCCACAGAGGGACGGCCGAGUGGCCGAGGGGUGGAUGCACCCGAUCCAGAAUCACUGGCGGCUGGCGUGGCUGCAUGCAGCAGAGGUGAGGAGGGCAUUGGGGGCGUGACGUGGCGGGACCGCUGUGGUCGAUUGGUAAGAACUGGCUCUGCACAACACGCACACAAGCAGGCAGUCAGGCAGACACAGAGCACAUGUCUUGCGUACACAAAUGCAUGUGUGUUCAACUUCAGAGCAAUUCGAGUCUAGCUCCUCAAUGUGCUGGCCAAACACAUACUCAACUGCAUGGCACAGACAGGGCAAAAGCCACAUGAAUCGACUCAUCGGUCGGUUCUGCCUUUUCACGAGCUGGAAUGCGGUCUACUCACGUUCCAUCAAGCGGGAGAGACGGAAGUUCUCCGCAAAAACAGGAUCGGACGCCAAUCUGUCCGCUGUGAAAGGAGAAGGAACAACAACCGCAUCGUUCAUUCACCAUGGGUGUGACCUCACCUAGCUCCUUCUCCUCUCGUUCUUCUUCCUCUUUCUUCUUCUGAACCGCUGGCGGCUCUUCUUGUGCACGAAGUCUGUAGAGGAGGGGAGGCCGGUAGCGAUCGUCAGGCCCUACGGGCCCCUGCGGGUUAAGUGACUCAUUCGUCAACGAGAACAUUUUUCC